AUGGAGCACUCCAAAAGUGGAGAGGAUUUCGACGUCACGAAUACUGAAGAUUUGGGCAGGUUUCGGAAGAACCCACUCAGCUUUAUGGUGAAGCUAACGGCAUCAAGUGCUCGUUUCUAUGAAGGAACUGACUGGAGGUCGUACGACAAGUAUAUUGGCAGUAAGAUCUUCUACCCACAAUACACGCAAAAUAUCAAAACCGAAUUAUUGGCUGCUCCAACUAUAAGAGCCAUGUCAGACAGUAUGGCCCGAAAGAACUUUUUAGCACAAUCUGAAGAGGCCAGGAAGAAGAAGGGCAAACGUUUGGAGGACUUGCAAGCUGCACAGUGGAAGUAUGUAAACAAGAUUGUGGACAAUAUGACUGCUCAGAUGGAAUCAAAGAGCUUAAUCAGAUUCAUGGCAUUCAUUAUGAACAAUCUCGUCGUACGUCUCUAUAAUCAAGGCGUACAUAUUCGGCAGGAUGAGUUUGUUGCUCUUCGAGAAGCCGCUUUGAAAGCCCAAAAGGAGAAUGUGUCGUUGAUAUUUCUGCCAUGCCAUAGAAGCCAUAUAGAUUACCUGACAAUAUCAUACAUUCUAUUUCGACUGGGUAUCGGAUUACCCGCAAUAGCAGCAGGAGACAAUUUAAACAUACCGAUUAUUGGAAAGCUACUUCAGCAAUGUGGUGCCUUUUAUAUACGAAGAACUUGGGGAGAUGACGUUCUUUAUACGACCAUCAUGAGAGAGUAUAUGGAUACGCUUCUUCGACAAGGUCAUAAUAUAGAGUUUUUCAUAGAAGGAACUAGAUCCAGAACUGGAAAGAUGCUACAACCCAAGCUAGGCAUGCUCAAGCUAAUAUUUGAGCCAAUUUUGUUGGGCAGAGUCAAGGAUGCGAUUAUCGUGCCGAUGAGUAUUGGUUAUGACAAGGUGAUUGAAUCAGAAUCUUAUGUGAAUGAGCUGCUUGGAACUCCGAAAGAAAAAGAAUCACUCUUCCAGGUCAUGAAUUCAGCCUCUGUACUGGGGCUUCAAUUUGGACGUAUAGACAUUAGAUUUGCCAAGCCGUACUCCCUCAAAGAGUACAUUCAAACACAAGUUGAGCGCCGUGGGCCCUCAUUCGAUCCCAUUACCAUUCCUCAAAACCGAAAUACUUUACUGCAAGCACUUGGAUACCAGGUUUUAUCUGACAUAAACAGCGUCGGUGUCAUAAUGCCCACUGCUCUCGUAGGCACUGUCCUUCUGACGCUGAGAGGUCGUGGUGUUGGACGUGAUGAUUUGAUUAGACGUGUUAACUGGCUGAUAGCAGAGAUUGAGAAGAGAGGAGGCAACGUAGCGGACUUUGAUGGCAAGAGUACAGGGCAGAUCGUCGAUCGAACUAUUCCUCAACUCAAGGACCUCAUAGGCCAAAGGACAGAUCUGAUAGAGCCGGUCUUUUUUGCUGUCCGUAGAUUCGAACUCUCCCUUUAUCGAAACCAAGUGAUUCACUUGUUUAUCGGAGAAUGCAUUCUUGCUGCUGCAUUGUAUUCAAGCGUGAAAAGUGACCGAGCAGCCAGAGUAGUCAUUCGCCCUCAAUUAUACGAGGACUCUGUAUUCUUAUCAUCGCUGUUGAAGAACGAGUUCGUCUAUGGACCUCAAGGAUUUGAAAGCAACUUUGACGAGACUGUGCGAGAGCUCUCAGACGCAAACGUAACGUCUGUCGUGGAAGUACCGCCUGCUCAUGGCUCUGAAACAAUGGAGAUGCAAAAGGCAUUGAUGUUGAGUGAAGAAGAACGAAGAAUCGGAAGAGAGAACUUUGACUUCUACUGUUUCUUGAUAUGGCCAUUCAUCGAAACGUAUUGGCUUGCAGCUAUAUCCCUGUUCUCCCUAAUGCCAGAGAGUCCAGUACAGCCUUCACCGUCUGGAAACGAUCUAGCGCCGGACGCAUGGGUGCCCGAAACAGUAUUCAUGAAUAGAGUAAUGUUCUUUGGAAGAACUAUCUAUUAUGAAGGUGACAUGUCAUACUUUGAAUCCGUAAACAAGGAAACACUGAAAAAUGCCUUUACGCGUCUCACCCAAAUGGGACUGAUACUGACAUAUACUGGUAUAAGCCCGCCAAAUAGUGACAACGCAGCAAGCUUCAAACCCAAUGCUAAAACAGUCUGGUGGGCACUAGCUCCAGAAUGGUGCGCCACUGGACUACCUGCACCACCGCCUCUCCCAGUUCGUGUAGCUGGAAAAGCACAAUCAAAAACAGAUGAUAAUGGUAUUAACAGUGAUGAGGCCAUCUCAUUCAAGCAAUGGAGGGCAUUCAGGCCAGACGGUAAACUAUGGGAUAUGUGUGAACGUAUAGGGUCGUUUAGAAGGGAGGGGAAGAACCGGCGUGAUACAGCAACUGUGUCAAACCGGGUUAUACGGCUUGCUAGAAUAACGCAUAUGUGGACAGAAGUGAAGGGUGAUAGUGUUUCAAUGAAGGCUAAACUGGAAGAGCUACAACCACACAUGCUGCGCAUCCCCUUGGGUGAAAUCGAAGGAGUCAAAAGAAGCGCCCGACUGCGAGGUAAAUUGUGA